GACACGUGACAUUCAACAUCCAAUCACAGUCACUGAAUUUACCUACCACACCUGUGUGACAUCAGCAACUACCAAUCCGCAGAAGCGUUUACAGCACGCGCACACACACGCACACGCACACACGCACGAGUGGACAGGAAAUGGAAGGCAGGAUUAUUAGCUGAACGGGUCGAGCGAGAACGUGGUGAAGAACCGACCGUCUUCCUGACGGAUCAGGAACCGGACUCUAAAGGGACCCGUCGUCUUCCUGCUGAUCUGGAGAGUGUAGAAGAGUAAAGACACACAGUGUUGAGUGUUUACAGGAUGUUCAGUGUGAGCAGCAUGUAGACACACUGGGGACACACCUUUCAGUACUUUGUGGUUCUUCUUGUGGACUUCAUCUCCCAUCUUCACUUAACAGACGUCCCUGAGCUCCACACCGGGGUCUUGUCUCUUGUCUCCUCCUGUACAGGUGACUGAUGGUGUGACUGUUUCUCCACACACUGAUAACCAGACCAGUUAAUGAGUAAUUCUCACAGUGGACUUUGUCUCCUCCGUCUGUCCUUUUCUUUCUCCAGUAAGAACCGAUAAUAGACAGAACCACCUUGUGUAUAGUGCCUGCGAAUCAGGUCACACAGUCGAGAUCUCUGAGAGAAAGGAGACAGACAGCCUUUUGUUCUACAGGAGAGACAGACGGAGACGGAGAGGAUCCAGACCCAGGUAGAGAUGGAAGGAUACCAGCUUCCAGUCUUUCACUCAGUACCACUGGGAGAACAAGGGAUGAACGAAAGACAGGAGGUCAUAACCAGAGAACAAAAAGGAACAGUGAAGGACAUUGUGGAAAGGACGACAGGUCGGGAGAGCAGGACAGAGAGCGAGAGACAGCUAGACAGAGGACAAGAGACAUGGAGGGAUGAAGGAGAUGGAUCACUGGCUGAUGAUGAGGAUGAUGGACAUCGGAUGAGUUCUGUGUUCUCUCCUCUAGUCAAGAUUGUGAGGAAAACAGAUGAAAAACAGACAGAGAGCUUCGUCCUCAGAGCCGAUGCCGAUGUCCGAGCCGAUGAUGUCCACAUGCACCGGGACAACACACAGCAGGUUCCUCAGGAACACGAUCAGAGCUGUUGUCAGUGUUGUGGUGAGAUGUUGAGCUCCUUCAUGUUUCUUUUAUCGGGGUUGGUGUUGUUUCCGCUCCUCGUGUGGGGGGGUCAUGACCUGUUGCCCAUAGACCUCCCAGCAGUCAGGAGCGCCCCCUCCAGGCUGGUGUACACACUGCGCUGUGCGUUCUUCGCCUCCUUCCCCAUCAUACUCGGUGUGUUUGUACACGGGGUGUCCUGUCUGAAGUUCAGUUCUCUGAAUCCUCUGUUUGAGGGGAAGCGGGCGAGUCGUCACACCGUCGUCCACAUGACCUUUGUACAGGAUUCUCUCCGCCUCUUCCUGCUGUUCUUCGUGCAGCUCGCCGUGACGUCGACGUACAUCCACGAUGACAACCUCAAACUCGUCCCGCUGCUCACCAUCGUCUUCGUCUUUGGCAGGUUGAUCUACUGGCUGAGUGUGUGUUUGCGCAGCACUGUGCGUGUGUUGGGGUUCUCGCUCUCCUUCCUUCCCCUUCUCACUAUGAUGGGACUCAAUGUCUACUUCGUCUGCUCCUCAACAGGAGAGGGGGCGGUGUUUGAUGUUGCCCCGCCCACUACACCCCCACCCCCGAAAGCCAGGUGGUGGGGCUGAACAGCAGACAUACUAAUAAAUACCAUCUCUUUCUCACACACACACACGCCCCCCCCCCACACACACACACCAGACAUCAUCUUAGAAGUGUCGUCUUGUUAUGCACUGAAAUGUGAAAUCCUGAAUGUCUUAUUUCCUGUUUUUUUCCCUCCCACUUCCUGUUUACUCCUAACGAAGUGAUUCAUUUCUGAAUGUUUUUGUUUUCAGACCGAACUGAUGAACAGUUUUCAGAAUGUGAUAUAAAUCAGAAUCUAAACGCAUUCAUGUUUACUGUGUGAUUUAAUCCUUUCCUUCAUGAUGAACAGAAGUCUGUUGUCUAAAGAUGACGAAGCCUUUAUUUUUGUCACAUUACAGUGAAUUUGUUUCCUCACGACUCUCAGCUCUGGAGGUUGGGGGCCUCACACGGGGGCCCGACUGUGGCAGCUUGGUGGUGUUGGGGCUUGAACCCUGAGCUCCUGAUAUAUUUAUUACUCAGUUCAUGACUUUACAUAUUUACCUAUAGAUCAGUUUAAUUUAAAAGUUAACUACAUUUUUAUACAGAAUACGAAUUUAAAUAGAGCUCCAUGUUUAUUACGUUUUAAAUGUAAACAGAAGCCUAAGCUUUAUUUUCUUAAUAAACCUUUAACUGCUUUAUUAAAUCGUCA